UUGGCAGCUGCCCUGAGAGCCAUGGACAGCCUGAGUGAAUUGCAGAGCCCGCUUCUGCCGCGGAGCCCUGCCCACCUCCACGGGCCCUAUCCCUACCCAGAACCUGCACCCAGCUGGUCCUGCCAGGAGAAGCUCUAUGCCUACCUCCUGGGCGGGGCUGGUCCUGCCCACACCCACCAACUCCUGGACCCUGGGUCCCUGCAGCUGGCCGUGGAGGCCUGGUACCGGCCCAGUUGCCUCCUGGGGAGGGACAAGGUCAAGGAGCCCAGGGCAGGCAGCUGUGAGACCAGCUUCACAGAGGGCAGGGAGUUUCAGGCUGGGCCCACAGAGUGGUGCCCUGAGCCUGGCCAGGCCGAAGAGGAAGCCACCAUCCAGACCUUGUCCUAUGGCGUUCAAGAGGAGCUGCGCGGGCCGGAGGAUGAACUAGAGGAAGAGGAGAGCGAUGCAACCUCUUCGGAGAGCGAGAGCGAAAACAGCUUCCUCACGCUGCCCCCCAGGGACCACCUGGGGCUCACCAUCUUCUCCAUGCUCUGCUGCUUCUGGCCACUGGGCAUCGCUGCAUUCUACUUCUCCCAGGGGACCAGCAAGGCCAUCUCCAAGGGGGACUUCCGGCUCGCCAGCACCGCCUCCCGCCGGGCCCUCUUCCUGGCCACACUCUCCAUUGCCGUGGGCGCAGGACUCUAUGUGGCUGUGGUGGUGGCUCUAGCAGCUUACAUGUCCCAGAAUGGUCAUGGCUAGUGGGCAGCUGGGUCCGGCACCCAGACCCCCUGCUCCACCUGAGGAAGCACCAGAGCUUGGGGGUGUGGACUCAGGGGACAGCCAGGAUCCCUGGGUCUUCAAGACACCCCGUGAAUGUGGCUGGCUUGUUGGCAGAGGCUUCCGGCCUGCAGCCUGCAGGGCCUGCCCUUCCCUCCUUGCCCACUGCUCUCCCUCCGGAGCAGGGCAGGGGCACGGCGCUCUCACCUAGGCUGAAGAUGGGGGGAAGACUGUCCCCCCAGACACAGCCUACCCGCCACCCACCUCCGUCCACAAAGACAGGGUGCUAGGAAGCCAGGGCCUGACUCUGUCCAGCAGCCCAUGGAAGCCUCCACCCUGGGGACCACCUGAGGUACCCCCACCCCCAAGCCCUUCUGGCCUCAUAUGCACAGACCCCACAACCAGGAGGGACUGCGUGGAGACCCCAGGCCUAGCCCUUGUGAGACUCAGAGAGAGGGGAGGAUCCCCAGCACUGACUGAACCAGGGGCUGGGUCUUGGAGCUGAAAGACAGAGUGAGCGCAGGACCCUGAAAAGCACCAAGUCACAGGAGCUCUGG